ACAAAAUUCGGUCUCAGAUAAGCCAUUUGGCGCGAGGAGCAAUGGCAUUGGAUGCGCGGACGGUACGAACAUGACACUUUGUACGCCGGCAGCCAUGCAUUGACAGCUCGUCUCUGUCGUGUUUGUGGCGUUCUGUAGAUGGCAGUGAGGCUGGCAGAGUUGACGGAGCACUUGGGCUGUGCGCUGUGCCACGGAAUUUUGCGCGACGCUCACACCAUCCCCGACUGUCUUCAUUCCUUCUGCAAGAGCUGCAUCUAUCGGCAUUUCCUCGUGAAAGGCAGUUGUAUUUGCCCCAAAUGCGACAAAAUGCUGAGCCCUCGACCAAUUGCUACGUUGAUCACGGAUCAAAAGUUACAGGCAGUGGUUGACCGAAUUUUCCCAGAGUUUAAGGAGCAGGAAUUGAUACUGGAGAAGGAAUUCUACGCCAAGAACAACUUCAAGCUCAAGCCGGAUAUGACAGAACACGGAGAUGGAGUCAACGGAUCAUCAUCUACACCGGGGACUCCAUCCUCUCGUGGACGAUCAAAGAACUCGACAAAGUCACAUGGUGUCAAAGCUAGCACCAAUGGAGGCAGCAUUUCGUGCACCAAACAGUUCACAAUUGAAGUCUAUCCGCAGCACACAAAUGCCAACGCACUGCCAGAGCUUAAAUUCCCUUUUAUGCAGGUGAACGGCAAUUUCAAGGUACGCAAGCAGCAUCGCGGUUCUAGAUCGCACCAAAUUUAUGAAGUAACCUGUCGUUUUAUUAAUCUAUAGAUGUCCGAGCUGCGCAAAUUAAUCUACAAACGUUUGAAGCUGCCUGACGACGUGCAGUUCGAGAUGGCGUGCAUGGGUGCCACCGUGGGACCAGAACUUUCAGUUCAAUUCGUCCAGCGGACAAUCUGGCAGCAUCAGAGCCAAAAGGGUCCGCUUGUGCUGCACUACCGGCACUUGACGUCAUGACUUCAUUGGCAAAGGACCAAAUUUCCGUUUAGAGACACAGGAGGCAGAUUUUGUAGAAACGUGUUCCUAACUUCCAUGUCAAAAAAAAAACUCAAAUUCUAAUGUUGCAUUUUCAA